UGCUGGGAACUUGCAGUUACGUCAUUUCCUGCUUGAAAAAUGGCUUCCAAGCGACAUGAUCCACAUGUGCAGUUUGUCCAGAUUGAUGGGCUGGUUGCUUUAAAGAUUAUAAAACAUAGCCAAGAAGAAGGUGCAGGGGGCACAGACUUGGUUCAAGGUGUCCUUCUAGGACUUGUAGUGGAUAACCGUUUGGAAAUCACAAACUGCUUCCCUUUUCCACGUCACUCAGAGGAGGAAGACUUUGAUGAAGUGCAAUAUCAGAUGGAGAUGAUGAGAAACCUGCGUCAUGUGAACAUUGACCAUCUACAUGUGGGGUGGUAUCAGUCCACCUAUUUUGGUUCUUUCAUCAAUCGACCUUUGCUGGAUUCACAGUUCAACUACCAGCAUUCAAUAGAAGAAUCAGUUGUUCUUAUUUAUGAUCCCUUGAAGACUACGCAAGGUUUCUUGACAUUGAAGGCCUAUCGCCUGACACCAGCCAUGAUGAAAUUUUAUAAAGAAGGUGACUUCACUCCUGAUAGCAUCUGUAAGCAUGACAUUGGUUUUCAAAACAUGUUUGAGGAGAUUCCUGUGGUACUGAAAAAUUCUCACCUUGUCAACACACUCUUAUGUGAGUUGUCAGAGAACACAAAGCGUAACCGCAAGUUCAGUUUUCUUGACCUUGGCACAAGUGCUGUUCUGGAGAAGAAUCUUCGUCAGCUGAUGGAGUGUGUGGAUGAUGUAGCCAUGGACACCAACAAGUAUGUGAAUUUCCAGCGCCAAAAUUUCCGACAGCAGCAGGCAAAGCAACAAUACCUUCAGAAACGACAACAAGAAAACCAGCAGCGGGCACAGCGAGGAGAGCCACCCCUGCCAGACGAAGACAUUAGCAAACUGUUCAAACCACUUCAGCCCCCACCUCGCCUGGACUGUCUGCUGGUUGCUGAUCAGAUUGAUCAAUACUGCAAAUCAGUCUCUGAAUUUUCAUCCCAAAGCAUCGCCAAGCUGUUGAUAGCAGAAUCACUGCAAGAAGGAUCCAGUACCUCUGCCAGCACCAGUAAUUAGGAUUGAUAGCUGAAGCAAUUACUAUUGUAAACAGACUCAAUUCACUAGUAAAUAUUCAUACUCUUUGUUGGUGGGAUUUAUUUACAGGGGUGAUGUUGAAUUUUCCACUAACCCAGUUAUUCCACAGACGAAAGAUGAUCACUGUACAUGUGCAACCACACACAAAAAUUCCUUUUAGCAUGCCAGCAACCAUCAGGGUGAGAUACAUUAAAUGUUGGAAUAAAGUGAUAUUAAAAUGAAAUAUUAAAUCUGAUGGUAUGGUAGAGCUUUGCCAUCUUAAAAUGAAAAAAAUAGCUGCCAGUAGGAGUGAAGUUAAAAACAAGCUAGCUGUUAAAAAAUUGCUGGUAAACACUCUGGAUAAAGAAUUAAAAUGUAAAAUAGUG